AUGGCUGAUAAUCUACCAAAGCUACCAUUUUCUUCAUAUACUCCUGAAUAUUCCAGAGAACUAUUAAACAUUGUGAAAAGCACUUUCAGCUAUUAUGUGAAACCAAAGUUUCCAAAACUGAAGCUAGAAAAUUUAAUUGAUUUGUUGGAAGAAACUGAAUAUCAUUUUGAACAGUACAAAUCAUGGCUGAAUAAUAAAUUAAAAAAAGGUAAUAUCAUUGAUACUACUAUAGAUAACGGCAGUAAUGAUAAUAAAGAUGAUAUUUUUGGUUUGGUAGAAUUCAUUAUUGGUUCUUUCUAUAUAUAUCUAAUUAUACCAGAAUCAAUCCAAUUUCACAGCAUUAAUAAAUCAUACUCUUUAUAUUUAGACAUGAGGAAAAUAUAUCAAGAUGAAUCUAAUAUGAGCAAUGUUCUAUUAAUGGUAGUUAACCAAGUUACAAAUAUUUUACAACAAAAUCAAGUGGUAAAUGACGUAACAAAAAUUAAUAGAAGAAGGGCAUAUUCAAUCACAAGUACCAAAUCAAAAAAUUUGUCAAUUAAUAAUCAGGACAAUAACGUAGCUUCCAAAAAUUAUCCCAAUUAUAAAGGAAAUGAUAGAGAAAGAGGAGAGGAAUAUGAUGACGAUGAAGACGAAGAUGAUGAUGACAAUUCCAUUUUUUGGAAAGCACCAGAAACCACAAGAAAUGAUCACUUGAUAGUACCAUCUAUUAUUAAUAAAACCCCUACACAACUUCAGGAACAGCCACCCUUUUUUUCGCCAGCUUUUAACAAAGACUAUACAAACACUUCCACCUUCGAUGUUAAUCGCUACCAAACACAUAGAAAGGACUCGUAUCAUUCUAUAUAUAUGUGGCCAAAUGAAGAAGAGGAACAAGACGAUUCAAUGGUGCAGUUAUUAAAAGUACAAACAACGUCAUCGAUAUCUGCAGAAAAUUUGUUUAGAAUACUAUCGGAUCAAAAUAAGAGUAAUGAACUGUUGCUUAUUGACUUAAGAUUACGGAAAAGGUAUGAAGCCAAUCAUUUGGUUAGCAAAUACAUUAUUAACAUCGAUCCAAGUUUGUUCAAAAGCCCCAAUGGCGGGAAAAUUCUUGAAUCAGCUAUUCAGUUAGAUAGCACUUUGAAGACUAGUUUACCCAAUGAUCAAUAUAAACUGUUUAACAAUAUAUCCUCUUUUAAGUAUGUGGUUUACUAUACGGACAUGAAAACAUAUAUGAAUAUUGAUUUUGACUAUCAAUUGAAAUUCUUCCAAAUACUGUACACAUCUGAUUUAAAAUUGCAACAUACACCAAAGAUUCUACUGGGAGGAUAUGAUCAGUGGAAAAAACUCUUGCAUAUAAAAGGCAAAGAAUCGCCAAAUUUUAACUCUUCUGCUUAUCUCUACAGACGCGAAGACACCCAUCACCACACACAUCAGCAUCCACACGUGACAUCCACUAGUCUGGCAAACUCGUCUUCCACUAGUAGCAACAGCAGUGGUAGCAGUUUUGAUGCUACAAAGAACAUAGACAAAGUACUUCUCUCCGGUGUAGCAGAUAUGUCGUCUGUAAGCCAGCCACCUGCGUUGCCACCCAAAAUACUAGUUUCACAAAACGCUUCUACAGCCUACAAUCGUCCAAGAAUGCCAAUACCGCAAAAGCGACUGCAAAACGGAUCGUAUAAUACAAAAGAGUUGGCGCGCACCCCAUCAAACCAAGCGAUAUUGAUACACGGUAUUCCAACAAUUGAAGCCAGUUCUAAUGAGUAUGUUUCACUGUCGGUGGCAGGAUUAAGAAAUUUGGGAAACACAUGCUAUAUCAAUGCAAUGGUACAAUGUCUAUUUGGCACACCCGUCUUUCGUGGUAUCUUUUUAUCAAGCAAAUACAGAGAGUACUUUCAACCAGAAUAUAAAAAAAAGUAUCAGUUGUCAAAAUCUUUCCAUACCAUAUUUACUAAAAUGUACAUGAAUGGUGGAUGUUCUGUGGUCCCUAGUGGGUUUUUGAAAAGUUGUAAUUUGUUGAGACCAGAUUUGAAUAUUCCAACGGACCAACAGGAUACCCAAGAGUUUUUAUUGUUUGUAUUGGACCAAUUGCAUGAUGAGUUGUCAAAUAAAGAGACUGUUUUAAAAGAUUAUCCUAAUUUGCUCUUGCAUUCAGACGAUUUACUAUGUGUUAAUCCUAAAAUGUAUGAUAAGUGGUUUGAAGAGAAUUUCAAUUCAAAUGGUGUGUCUCCUAUUGAUGAAAUAUUUCAAGGUCAAAUAGAAAACUGUUUACAAUGUCAACGAUGUGGGUAUUCGUCGUACAAUUACUCAACGUUUUAUGUUUUGUCUCUAGCUAUUCCGAGAGUUGAAUCUAGUAAAUUGUUGAAAACCAAAAAGAAAAAAAAAAUCAAGUUGGAAGAUUGUAUCAAUUUGUUCACUAAUGAUGAAAUCUUGGCUGGUGAUAAUGCAUGGGAUUGUCCAAAAUGUGGUACACAGCAUUCAAGUUUUAAAGAAAAAGAAAACAUUCGUAGUCGUGCACAUAUUAAAACGAACAAGGAAGAUAAUACAGAAUCAAACAACAAUCACUCUUCAAACAAAAGCAGCAAAGGUUUCUUCAACUUUCAUCACGGACAUCAUUAUCUGAGAUCUAGAAGUCCCUUCAGAAAAGAAGCCAAUGGCUCGACAUCCAAUGAGGAAAAUAUUCUAAUAAGUCCGUCAGAUUCCUCUUUAAAAAGAAGGCUUUGGAAAUCACACUCCAGUAAUACAGAAAACGUUAACAAUUCAAGUAAACUGAAUAACACUACAGAUGAUGGGAACAAUGGCAAGGGUUGGUCCGGAAAAUUAACUACCUUAAAGUCUUUGAAUUUUAUUACAAUGCCACCUAUAUUAAUCGUGCAUCUAUCAAGAUUUUAUUACGAUUUGACAAAGAAAAAUGACGCUAUUGUCACCUACCCUCUAAUAUUGAAUAUUGUUUUAAAAAAUAACAGUGUUGUAAAAUAUAGGCUAUAUGGACUGGUAAAUCAUUCAGGCAAUUUGAUUAGUGGGCAUUACACUGCAUUAGUUAACAAGGAUUUGAAUCAUUCUUUAAAUAAAGAUGCCCAAAGAUGGUAUUAUUUCGAUGACGAAGCUGUAAAAUUAGAUAAUAAUCAUGGUGAUAUUGAUGAAGGUGUUAUCAGUGUCUCUAGUAGAGACGUUUAUCUAUGGGUAUAA